GACCGAGUCCGAGCUGCCGUUCUGCCGCAGCUCGCUCUGGCCCCGAGCUCUGCAGGCGCUGAGGCGCGCGGGGGCCCAGGGCGCGGAGCAGCUGGAGGCGCAGAGGAGGCAGCUGCAGGGCGACCUGGAGCGCGAGAGGCUGGGCAGGGCGGCGCUGGAGCGGGAGGUGGGCGACCUCCGCCGCCGGGCGGAGCAGCGGCCGAGCGAGGCCGCGGCGGCGGCGCAGUCGGCCGGGGCCCUGGCGCUGCAGAGGCAGCUGGAGCUGGAGGCGAACGUGAACCGGAGCCUGCGUUCCGCGAAGGAGGCGGCGGAGCUGGAGGUGGAGAUCCAGGCGAGGCAGCGGCAGGAGGCGCUGCGCCGCUGCCAGGAGUUCGAGCGCGAGCUGCUGGAGGAGCGCCGCCGCAGCGUCGAGCUUGUGGUCGUGGCGCAGCAGGUGGAGCGCCGGUGCCUGGAGUCGGAGCAGCGGGCCCGCGACGCCGAGCGCCGCUUGGCCGAGUCCAAGGCAAUGAUGGCGGAGGAGGUGGGGUCCGUGCGGGAGGAGUGCAAGCACGAGGUCUCCAAGCUCCGAGGUGCCCUCGAUGAGCAGCGAUACAUAGCGGCCGAGGUGCAGGAGUUGGCGAGGUCGACGGGCUCGCCCUUUCGAUUCAAGGCGAUGCUGGCCUGAGGGCGCCCGGUAACCGGUGCUGCUGCCGUGUUUGUUACCCCCGCGCCUGCCCGUGUCUCGUCGUUUUGCCGUCCUGCUCGGGCGAUAGUGGGCAUGGCCGCUCUCUCGUUCGGGCUGCAGCGGCUGCUGUGGCGACUGUCGCGUUGCCAGUGCUUGCGUGGGCCGUAGUAGGGUAAGGUGCUCUUGCUCUUGCCGGUUGCACAUGCUGCUCGUAUUGGCAAGAGGAGUGUGCACGGUGCCACAAAUUGUCGACGCUUCGCGUGUCCCCAACAA